AUGGAACCCAAGAACGCCAGUACAAGCCAACAGCGACUGGCUCAGGCACUUGGCUGCUGCUUCCGCUCCAGAGUCCCUUGUAAAGGGAAGAAAGGAAAAAGCCACAGAAAGUCUCGCGGGAAGAAGCAGAAGAAGCCCGAGGUGGACAUCCUCAGCCCCGCGGCCAUGCUGAACCUCUACUACAUCGCCCACAACGUGGCCGACUGCCUGCAGCUACGAGGCUUCCGCUGGCCAGGUGCUCCCAAAGGGAAAAAAGGGAAGAACAAGACUUAA